UAUAUAAACCCAGUCUCUCUCUCUCUCUCUACUCAUACUGAUCAAAGUUCCAAUUGGGUGACCAUUCCCUUACAAAACCCUCAUACUAUUUGGAAACUUCAAUUCAAUCUCUCUCUCUAUCUGCUGGGUUUUCCUUCCUCUCGAAGUUUCUCUCUCUACAUUGUGUCACAAUCUUUUUAGUUUUAGAUAUAUGUACCUAUACAUAUAUAAUAGAGAGAGAUAAAAAUACGGGGGGUUUUGGUUUCAAUGGAAGAUUACGCGAUCAGCGACGACGAACAUUACGGCGAUGAUUGUGGCUUUGACGAACAUUUCGACGAUGAUUGUGGCUUUUCGGAUGGAUUCGAAGAACCAGAGAGCGAAUCUCGACGGCCGAACGAGGAAGCUUCGUCGAGCCAGGUAAUCACAAAAGAUUCUCUUUUGGCUGCACAGAGGGGUGACUUGCAAAAAGUAAUGGACUUGCUAUCUGUGAAGGACCACCAUGCACGGACCUUACUUAUUCAUUAUCGUUGGGAUGUCGAUAAGGUCUUCACCGUGUUUGUAGAGAUGGGGAAAGAAUGGUUGUUUAAGGAAGCUGGUGUGACGCUGGAGGAGCAUAAUGACCUAUCCCCCGUUUGUUCUUCAUCUGGAGAUGUAAGGUGUGACAUUUGCAUGGAGGAUUUUCCUGCUAAUGAGACGACAACAAUGGACUGUGGACAUUGUUUCUGCAACGAGUGUUGGACAGAGCACUUCAUCGUGAAGAUAAAAGAGGGCCAGAGUAGACGCAUUAGGUGCAUGGCGCACAAGUGCAAUACCAUCUGUGAUGAAGGGAAAAUCAGAAACCUUGUGUGUAUGAAGCAUCCUGAUCUGGCUGAAAAAUUUGAUCGUUUUCUCCUAGAAUCUUAUAUUGAGGACAAUAAGAUGGUAAAAUGGUGCCCUAGUGUUCCCCACUGUGGAAAUGCGAUACGCGUUGGGAAAGACAAAUAUUGUGAGGUUGAAUGUGACUGUGGUAUGCAAUUCUGUUUUAAUUGUUCAUCAGAAGCGCACUCACCAUGUUCAUGUCUGAUGUGGAAGCGUUGGAUGGGCAAGUGCCAGAAUGAAUCGGAGACAGUUAAUUGGAUUACAGUUCAUACGAAACCCUGCCCUAAAUGUCUCAAAGCAGUGGAGAAGAAUGGAGGAUGCAACCUAGUAUAUUGCAUAUGUGGACAAACUUUUUGUUGGCUUUGUGGUGCAGCCACAGGGUCAGCUCACACAUGGGACUCUAUUCAGAAUCACAGUUGUGGCCGGUAUACAGAAGAGCAAGAGAAAAAUUUAGAGCUUGCAAAAAAGUACCUGUGGCGCUACAUUCACUAUCACAAUCGCUACAAAGCUCAUUCAGAUUCUUUGAAAGCUGAAGUUCAGCUGAAGGAAAAAAUAUACGUGAAAAUUUCGAAAUUGGAAACUGGAGAAUCAGCAUCCCAAGAUCUCAAGUGGGUGGAAAAUGGACUCUACACGCUCUUCCGAUCAAGGCGGGCUCUCUCAUAUUCUUACCCGUUUGCGUAUUACAUGUUUGGCCAUGAGCUCUUCCAAAACGAAAUGACAGAGGAGGAAAGGGAAAUAAAACAGAACUUGUUUGAGGACCAGCAGCAGCAAUUUGAGGCAAAUGUGGAGAAGCUCUCUAUGGUUUUGGAAGAGCCAUUUGAGGAGUAUACUGAGGAUAAAGUUACCGAAACAAGAAUGAAGGUCCUUAAUCUGUCUUAUUUGGUGGAUAACCUCUGCAGAACACUGUAUGAAUGCAUCGAAAAUGAUUUACUGGGCGCUCUCCAGCAUGGAAGCCACAAUAUAGCUCCUUAUAAAUCAACGGGUGCGGAGAAAGCAUCCAAACUUGCUUAAGAAAUGACUGCAAAAAUGGUAUGGAUGGCUGUAUAAAAUCCUCUGCCCUUUGGAAUUUUCCAUUACCUAACGGUCAGUUCUCAAUGGUAACUUGAUAGUUCAGGUCCGUGUUAAUGUCAAGAGAACUGGGUAAUGCAUUUGUGAAAAGCUACUAACAUGCAUAUAUAGGAAGUGGAUAUUGUUCUCAAUUUGCAAGUGGAUCCGAUUGACAAGAGGUGAUGGCUCGUUCUUGUUAUUCAGUUGAAGAACUGUGGCCAAAGGAAUCACCGGCUGUUUAGGGUUAACAUAGUCUGCGUAUCCUCCUUAGCGAUUUUAUUUAGUUUGCAGAUAGUAUUUAUUUAGCCUUAACAUGGGGGGUCUAUAUCCUGAAAGAUGUGCAUAUAUCCUUUUAGUUCAAAAUAAUUAGACACGGGGAUCCCGUAGAAGUUUGUUUCUUCUACCCGAAGGUUUGAACCGCUGGCAGUCCUUUUUUUGUGGCUUUUGCCUUAUCUUGUUAGGUUUUUCUCAGUUGGAUCUGUUCUUACGGAGCUCAUGCUAUCUUCAUAUAAUCAUAAUAAUUUUAUUGUC